AUUUAUCUAAAGUUUAUAUUGAGGUUAUAGAUUAUAUAUAUGUCAUUCAAUAUUAAUCUAAUCAAAAGCAUCAAGACGCAUUAAAUGCCUAGUAAUUACAUGUUCUACAUAAGAGCGCGUUUAGUUAACUUUAAUGGAAAUACCACCGAGCUUUUGUACACACUCGGGAUCCAGGUGUAUGUUUUUGUUUCUAUAUACAGGUGUGUAUAGGUAGCGCAAGAGUAAAUAGUUGCGAAAAAGGGCAAGAUUACCAUAUAUAAAUUAGUUCAAAAACUACACAUCAUGAGCCUUCUUCUUAUUUACGAAUAUGGUCUGUUCAGUAUUACAAAAGUUGCAAGACUUCAUGGUCGGACCUUGCACCACCAAAGAGGUAACAUGCUUAAAUUCAUCCGCACUGUUGCCCGAAAUAGCUUCCAGCUUGGAAUCUUUGCCUGAUGAAAUUUUGUCACAAAUUAUAGACCACUUGAACCAACUCGAUGUAGUUGAUCUCAGUCUCGUCAACUCUAGAUUAUAUCUGCUUUGCAUGAAUAAAUUGUACAAGAGAAAAUUAUAUUUUGUACCACGGGGCCGUACCAUCAUUCAUCGGAAAUUGAAUACAUUUACACAUACAAAUUUUACAAUUGUAAAUGAUUGCACAUUUCCCCAACGAGGGAACUUUAAAGAAUCGGUUAUAAUUUGGACCAUAGAUUAUUUACAAAGUAAUAUAGAUAUAUACAAUAAAUUGGAAGGAUUGGAUCAAAUGACAUUUGAAAAAUUUUCACUAUUACAUCUACGACUAAAUCGUGAGCCUUCUUAUGACUUCGUUGAUCAGAUAAAGAAAAUGGCAAACAAAUUAGGACAUAUAAGAAAUGUGGAACUUUUAUUAGACGAACCAAAUAUCAGAGCAAUACAUGAUUUACAGGGAAUCUUUACAGGAGUAAGAUGCUUGGCUUUAAGAAUUUAUACUAAAGAACAAUUUCCUUUACAUUCAAUCUUGCCUUUAUUUUGUCCUGAAAAAAUCCAAGAAAUUCAAAUAGAUACUGAUAGGUGCUUACAUGAAAACCUCAUCAAUUUGAUAAAAUUAUUCCCAAAUAUAGAAACUCUUAUCGUGAAUUCAAUAUCUCCAGUCCUUUCAAAUGAAUCUUUGGAACCGUUGUCUAAUACUCGCCUUCAAAAGUUUAGUCUAUUCGUAGACCAUGAAUAUGCAAUAACCAUGGUUGACUACUAUAUUGGAUUAGUCAAGGACUUACUUAAUCAAUGUGGCUCGACACUUCAACUUGUUAGAUUUGGCAUGUAUCCAACAACAUUUUUAGAGGUCGACUUGUUUUGUGGUCCAAAGAAAAUUGACUAUAAAGAAGUCAAGCAAGACAUUAGGAACUUGGUAUACUGGGUAAAAGAAAGGUUACAUGAGUAUCCAAGACUACUGUAUUUCACAUUUUACAAUUAUCUGUUCUUUAUAGACAGACAAGUAGAGCCAUGUGAAUGGAUUGAAAUCAGUGGAUGGGAGUUGUGAAAUCGAUGCAAUAUUCUGCAGAUUAGAAUCGA